AUGAAAGGACUGUUGUUUCAGCUGAGAUUAGAAGUGUCGGUCCAGUCCCUCGGCUUCGGGACUUUGAAUCGUUCUUUUAUCACCGCCCCCGGGGUCUCAGCAAGAGCCCAGCCUCAGCAGGAGUCCGUCCUGGGUCUCAGCAGGAGUCCGUCCUGGGUCUCAGCAGGAGUCCGGCCUGGGUCUCAGCAGGAGUCCGGCCUGGGUCUCAGCAGGAGUCCGGCCUGGGUCUCAGCAGGAGCCGGGUCUCAGCAGGAGUCCGGCCCGGGUCUCAGCAGGAGCCGGGUCUCAGCAGGAGUCCGGCCCGGGUCUCAGCAGGAGUCCGGCCCGGGUUUCAGCAGGAGUCCGGCCCGGGUCUCUGCAGGAGCCGGGUCUCAGCAGGAGUCCGGCCCGGGUCUCUGCAGGAGCCGGGUCUCAGCAGGAGUGCAGCCUGGGUCUCAGCAGGAGCCGGGUCUCAGCAGGAGUCCGGCCCGGGUCUCUGCAGGAGCCGGGUCUCAGCAGGAGUGCGGCCCGGGUCUUAGCAGGAGCCCGGUCUCAGCAGGAGCCGGGUCUCAGCUGGAGCCGGGUCUCAGCAGGAGUGCGGCCCGGGUCUUAGCAGGAGCCCGGUCUCAGCAGGAGCCGGGUCUCAGCUGGAGCCGGGUCUCAGCAGGAGUCCGGCCCGGGUCUCAGCAGGAGCCCGCCCUGGGGCAGGAGGAGGAGGGGGCUUCCACAGGAUGUCCUGAAGUUGCCUAUAAUUUACCCAGCAGGCCCCGGGCUUUGGGCUCAGAGUAG